AUGAUUAACGACGAGCUCCUGGACACCGAGCAUCGUUGGAAAUACGUGUAUGACUCGACCAUCGUUGCCGCCAUUAACAAUACCUGCCCUGACCCCUCCGCCAUCCAGCGCACCUUCGACAACCUCCUCGCCUGGACCACCGCAAAUCGCGUCACUAUCAACCACCAGAAUUCGGUCGUGAUGCAGCAAUUCAUCUUGCCCAAACUCCCCCGCCUGGUCCCCAUCCCUCACCACCCACCUGCUACAACUCAAGAGGCUGUGCCGCAGGAGCCCGCCGGCAACGGCCCCAGGAUCGCCGGCGGCCUGUGGCUCCUGUCGGCCUUCAUCCUGGGCGUGGUGUACCGGGGCAACCUGAAGGCCAUGCUCAUCCUGCCGAAGGUGGUGCUGCCCUUCGACACCCUGCAGGAGCUGACGGAGACCAACAUCCCCAUCUGGAUCCCCGAGGGCAAUCUCGUCCAUAAGGCCAUCAUGGCCGCGACGCCGGACUCGGCCUACUACCGCCUCCGCAAGCAGAUGCUGGUGCACCUGGACGUCCCGCGCGGCACCAGGGAGACCUUCGGCGGCCUCCACGCCGUCGCGGCGCCCAUGACCACCAUCGUGUUCCUCAUCGACCUCACCUUCUCGACGGCAAGUUAUUGUCUGUUUCCCUUUUCCCUUGAGGCUGCCAUUUUAUUGCUGUUUUAA